AUGGCUAUCGAAACUCUCCCCUCUGAUACCGUUCUUGUCGUUGGAGGCGGACCCGUGGGGUUGUUGCUGGUGAAAACAUUGGCCCAUCAUGGAGUCAAAAGCGUCCUAGGUAUGGCAGAGGAGCUUCGAAAAUUGGCCGUACCUGCGAAAUUUCCUUUCACAUGUCUCUUCUCCACGGGCCUUAACGAUGAAAAGGCAGCAUCGUCGUGGGAUCUACCGAGCGCAGAGAAGCUAAACGAGCAGAUUCAGACUCAAAAUGAUGGAUCGCUUCCCUUGGAACCUUGGAUGCGUAUUUCACAGGUAAUUUUUGAGUCAUGGCUGAAGAACGCUUGUGUUGAGGAUCCGCUGGUGGACAUUCGCUCUGGGUGGAAAGCAACAAGCGCCAAAGAAAAUGACGAUGGUGUCGAAGUGACAGCCAUUGACGCAAAAACGGGCGAAGAAACGACAUUUCAUAGCAGAUAUGCAGUUGGGUGUGACGGCGCGAAUAGUGUCGUAAGGGAAAGCUUGGGAAUUAAACUCGACGGCGGGCCUCUCCCUGGUCGCGCUCUGUUGGUUCAUUUCAAAUCUCGCGAUUUGACUCGCCUACAGAAGCAGGGUCAGUUUUGGCACAUCUUCUUCCCGAAAACGGUGGAGGAAGGUGGUUCGAUGAAAGGCGCCAUCAUUGCGCAAGAUGAAAUCGACACUUGGACAAUUCACAGAUUUCUUUCUGCCGACUUUGACGACUCUCAACUUUCUUCUGAAGAUGCAGUUUACAGCACUCUUGGUGGCGCUGGUGAGCCAUUUCCAAUCAAGAUCGAUGAAGUGCUUGUACGAUCAACGUGGAAUCCCAGCGUAGCAAUUGCUCAGGGUUUCAUGGGCCCAAAGCAACGAAUUUUCCUAGCUGGAGAUGCUUGCCACCAAAUGCCGCCCACUGGAGGUUAUGGCAUGAAUACCGGUAUUGCUGAAGCAUUUGAUCUCGGCUGGAAGCUCGCUGCGGCUGUUAAUGGCUGGGCUGGUCCACAACUUCUUGCUACCUACGAGCAAGAACGCCGUUCUGUCGCGCUGCUAGCAUUACAAACUGCCAAAGGCCAUAUUGGAAGACUAAUGGCAAUGCCAAAGUCCGUCGAAUUUUCUGGUAAAACACUCCAAGCCGGCGGAGAAGAGGCACGCGCCAUGCUUGAUCGCGUUCAUGAAUAUGUUCAAGCAAACGACGCCCACAACAAGAGUCUGGGUGUAGAGCUGGGCUACAGAUACACUUCAAGUAUUUGUUUACCGGACCAGCCACAAGAUGAGCUUCCAUCACCUCCAGAAUUUGAUCCAAGGCAUUAUAUACCCACAACUGUCUCUGGCUACCGAGCGCCUCACGUGUUUCUUCAAGACAAGACGCCGAUUUUCGAUCACUAUGGUAAAGAUUUUACUCUGAUCGCAUUCAAAAACAGCCAACAACAUCUGCAAGCUAUCGAUUGGCUUACACAGUCUGCCGAGCGGCUCAAGGUUCCGCUUCGCAUCUCGUCGCUUGAUGAAGAGACAGCAGCGCAUAGCAUCUGGUCAGCAGAUCUUGUUCUGGUGCGCCCGGAUGGAUUUGUUUCUUGGCGCGGGAACUCGCUGGAUAAACUUGACACUGCCUAUGAAGUUAUCGCGAAAGCUACAGGACAUGAUUAA